GCCAAAACGCGAAUGAACAUCGACCGUGGAAGUUGACUGCAGCAGUACAAAGCGCUAGGCUGAAGAGUUCUACUAAAUUCAUGUGAGACUAGCAAGCCGCGGCCUCUAGCCAAAGCUAGCCACGAAUAAAUCAGCAGAAGCAGCAGCAGCAGCAGCAGCAGGAGCAACAGAACGCACCCACACUCACCAAAGGAGACAAGGACCCUCAUCGCCAUCUUUCCUGCCAAGUCGUCGCCACUGCUGCCGCCCUUACCCCGGAUUCACACUUCGACAGACGCUGCUCUAAACCCAUCAUCCAAUCAUCUAACCAAGCUGACUUCAAAACGGAACAUUAAAUCCAAGGAAAAGCGACGGGAAGCUAUAAACAUUGGUUCAGACUCAGAUUGGUGAGAGGAAUCAUAACAGCGGCCACAUUGUCUGACUAGAAGCAACCAAACACACAACAAAAUGCCGCCAAAUGCAAAAUCGGAAGCGGACGCCAAACCGGACGAGGAGCCAGCGCCUGAAUCGGCCACAGAACUAGAGUCCGUGGACCAGAAGCUGGAAGAAACACAUCACUCCAGAUUCCGCGAGCUGGAUAAGCAGGAACAGGAGUCGGCUGCCGAGGAGGCAGCGGCCGCCGAAAGUCAACGAAUCGCACAGGUGGAGACAACAACAAGGAGCGCAACAACAGAGGCUCAGGAAUCAACAACCACCUCCUUGCCAGUCAUCAAAAAGAUUGAGCAUGCCGGCGAAGUGGUCACCGAGGCGAUUGCGGAGCGCACGGGUCUGCCCACAUGGGGCGUGGUGGCCAUCAUAAUACUCGUAUUCCUCGUCGUCUUUGGUAUAAUAUUCUUCUGUGUUCGGAGGUUCCUGAAGAAGCGAAGAACCAAAGAUGGUAAGGGUAAGAAGGGUGUCGAUAUGAAGUCGGUACAGUUGUUGGGAUCGGCAUACAAGGAGAAAGUUCAGCCUGAUAUGGAGGAACUCACCGAAAAUGCCGAAGAGGGCGACGAGGAGGACAAGCAGAGCGAGCAGAAGCUGGGUCGCCUCAACUUCAAGCUGGAAUACGACUUCAAUUCGAAUAGCUUGGCCGUUACGGUUAUUCAGGCCGAAGAGCUGCCCGCCCUGGACAUGGGCGGCACUUCGGAUCCCUAUGUCAAGGUUUACCUGCUGCCGGACAAGAAGAAGAAGUUUGAGACCAAAGUGCAUCGCAAAACGUUGAGUCCGGUCUUCAAUGAGACGUUCACUUUUAAGAGUUUACCGUAUGCCGAUGCCAUGAACAAAACGCUCGUAUUUGCCAUUUUCGACUUUGAUCGCUUCUCCAAGCACGACCAGAUCGGCGAGGUGAAGGUUCCUCUCUGUACGAUCGAUUUGGCGCAAACCAUCGAGGAGUGGCGCGACCUGGUCAGCGUUGAGGGUGAAGGUGGACAGGAAAAGCUUGGAGAUAUCUGCUUCUCGCUGCGCUACGUUCCGACUGCUGGCAAGCUAACCGUCGUCAUACUGGAGGCCAAAAACCUGAAGAAGAUGGACGUGGGCGGACUGUCUGAUCCAUAUGUGAAAAUUGCAAUCAUGCAAAAUGGCAAACGUUUGAAAAAGAAGAAGACAAGUAUCAAAAAAUGCACCCUCAACCCUUACUAUAAUGAGUCGUUCUCAUUUGAAGUACCAUUUGAACAAAUACAAAAAAUCUGUCUCGUUGUGACCGUUGUGGACUACGAUCGUAUUGGUACCUCUGAGCCCAUUGGACGCUGCAUACUCGGCUGUAUGGGCACCGGAACUGAGCUGCGCCAUUGGUCGGACAUGUUGGCCUCCCCGCGUCGACCCAUUGCCCAGUGGCACACACUCAAGGACCCCGAGGAGACCGACGAGAUACUAAAGAACAUGAAGUAAGGAGCUACAUGGCUGACAAAUGCAGACUUGCAGCACAUCUAUCAAACGUAUGAAAAUAACCAAAGAACACCUAAGAAAGCCGUCAAACAUAGAAAUCGAUGCAUCAUCAGCUCUAACUGAUCUUACAGAUCCUCCUGAUCCUCACCCGGAACGACAAACAACAAUCAAAUGAAAUAUCGUAGUUAAAGCAAAUUGUUCAUCUAUGCAGUUACCACAACACAUACCCAAACACACACAGAAGAAUCAAAGCCGAUUUAAUAAUAACUUUAGGAUAAUAAGUGUAUCUCAUUGGUUGAACAGGAAAUUGAAAUGAAAACUAUGGUAAAGACCACACAAAUUAAUAAAAUGAAUUAACCAACUGAAAUGAUGUGGCUUCGACACACUUAUAUUCAUGCGAGUGUUCAUUUCCAGGUCCAUGACUUUAUUGAUGUCACUGAUUACAAUUUUUUCCAAAUGAAUUAACGCUGAAAUGAAUACGGAAACUUUCAACAUACACAACGUAUGGAUAAAUUGAUGCAAACAAAAUAUAAAAUAAAUGGAGUAUCAUUUUAAAGGUUAAGUUUCAUUCGAUUUUAAAUUAGUCCAAUGACAGACCGAAUGUCGGAAUCUAACCAGUUUUCACUUUGCUUUUCAACUGUUGAAGGAUUACUAGCGAAUAAUAUUACUAAUGCAUCACAACUGUUAUGUAAAUUAUUUAUUAUGUUUAACUUAUUGAGCAUUACAGAAAUGUACUUAACUGUGUAAGUAUAAAUCAACAUAUAUGGAUAAUAGAUAAAGUACAUAUAUGUAAACGAUAAAACACACGACAAACAUAUGAAGAAGAGUAAAGAGUAAUGAAAGCAGAAUCAUAAAAUAAUAUAUAUAUUAUAUAUAAAAUAUUAUGUAACCCUUGCAUAGACUAAUGUUAUGUAUGUAUACACAGAUCUGAGUUUUGAAGACCUAACGAAAUCAGACGUAUAUUCGUAAGUAGAGAGGAAGCCCCAAAACCAAAACCAAAACCAAAACCAAAACCAAAAGCAAAUAACAAAAGUUAAACUUUAAAGCGUGAUUUCAAUGGAAUAUAUCAUCAGUUUAAUCUUUAAAACAAAUAUCGAACAUUUUGCACUGUGGAUCAGAUUGGAAUCUUUGUGUUUCUUAUGUUCGGAUAAUUUUAGGCCAAAUAAGGAAUGCGAGCAGAGUAAUGGCUCAGUUCUGUUAGCGGUAGUUUCAAUGCAGAAAAUUCAUUUGUUAAUGUUUUACUUAAUGUUUUUUUUUUUUCGUUGAUUCUGUCUCCUCUUUAUCUACUCAUUUAUUUUCGACUAGAAACUAUUCCUUUGUUUUGCUUUCUCGACCCAAGUCUUGAGGUUUCUACAGCUAUGUAUUUACGGAUCGUUGUUUUCGUUUUGAACUCUACCACACUCAAUAAUUUAGAAAUCAUAUUAGGACCUAAUGAAAA